AUGAUGCCCUCCAAUCGUCAGUCUGUAUUUGCAUUUCUUAAUGUGACCGAAUCGGUGGCAACAAUCGAUCGUAUACGUCUUGAGCAACUUCGUUCAGAUUAUGCAACGAUGAUAAAAACUCAAUUGAUGGCUACAACGACGACAACGGCUAAUCUAGACUAUCAACUUAAAUUGAUUGCUGAAAAAUUUAUGCUUAUCGACGAUUCUAUCAAUCUUGAUCAUUUAAAUCUAUGCGUUUCAUGCAGCAGUUUGGAUGUAGCAUGUGAAGCAAUGGUAGGCAAAUAUAUUGAUGCUCUUAUGGCUGAAAGACGAAAUGCUAGAAAAGCAACACAAAUGAAUGUAAAACCAACAGUCCCAUCAUCAUCAUCAGCAGCAGCAGCACCUAUCGCUACUGAAUCAUUAAAGCAAAUCAUCUGUCAAAUUAUUGUCAAACAAAAUGACUCGGCUGUAAUCGAAUUUAUUCAAACUUUUUUGUUAUUACCACUUGCAGAAAUAACAUCAAAGCGAAAAUCACAGGAAAAAUUCGAAAUACUAUCGUCUAAUCGUUUUGUUCAUGGACAUCUUAUUUCUGGUUGUACACUUGAUGUAUUUAUUCGUUCUCAAUUACAUGCUCGCGGUGAUACGAUUGAUGUUGGACGUUCACUAAGUAAACUUCCAUUAGUAGAUCCAAUAACAUUGGUCGAUGAGUUUGAUACUUGGUAUUUCGAUCAUCUACGUGGUAUAUUCGAAUUGAAUCUUAUUGUAGAGAAAAAAGAAUUUCCACGCCGAUGGAAAUUAGCAUCGGAUGCACAACUUUUUUAUUUAAUCGAAUUACCAGGACAACAAAGAACGAAUGAUCACGAAAAUGAGAAAACAAUAAGAAGUAUUGAUCGACCAAAUACAGUCUCAUUGGAGAGAUUCGUUGAAGAUGUUUGUGAAAAAGAAAACAAUGGAAUGACUGCCAAAUGGAUCGAAGCUUUACGUGCAGAUGAUAUGCUUACAUUUGAUCAUUUGGCGAAUUUAAAACAUGCGGAAUGGAGUGAAUUGAAAGUAUUAUCAAUAAAUGGAAAAAAAAUUCUUAAAUCUUAUAUAGAUCGAGAAAAACAAAUGGCUAGCGAUGCCAAAACAACUACACAAGUCAAAAUAGAUGAUUCAAAUAAAAAAUCUGGAAGAAUUCAAUCGGAAUCGGAACUAUUGGCUUGUAUCCAUCAGAUCAAAUUGUACUUUCACCAUAUGCUUGCUGAUCAAUUUGCUUCUGUUGGAAUUCCGACACCGUCUAGACUAGAUGUUCGUUGUGUUCAUUUAUCAUUUGACGAAAUGCGUCGCGAAGGUUUUGCUGACGAUGGUCUAUUUGAUCAAAUGAAAAUGUUCUUUCUUCCACUCACGAUGAUCGAACAUGAUCUUACAAUCGAUGAUAUACAAUGGCAAUCUCUGUCACGAGUUCGAUUGAAUGAACGCGAUAAAUUACUCGUGAAACAAAAACAGUUAAUUAAUGAACUGACGGAAAAAGAAGAUCAAUAUUAUCGACACGAUGAUUCGAUUAGAAAAUUAAGAAAAGAAAAUCAGUUGAAGAGACAAGUAUCAGAGGAAAACAAUGGGGAAAAGUAUGAAGGAUUUUUAAUAACAGAGUUAUUAGAUGAACAUCGUCAAACAAUGGAACGAUUGGAACAAGAAAGAAACAAAUUACGAACGGACAUACAAGCUACUGAAGAUUUAAUUGAGAAUAUUGAAAAAGGCUUAAUGGAACGAGAUGUUCAAAGUAGCGAGAAGACUGAUCGAGACCUAAUCAAACCAAAUCGAGGUUUCAUUAUGUAUGGGCCUCCGGGUACUGGCAAAUCAGAUAUUAUGAGCAAACUUUCAGUACGUAUGGGUGUGAGCAUGGUAGCACCUCCAAUUGCAGCCGGUGAACUCAAUCGACCUCUAGUAGGUGAAUCCGAACGGAUUAUUUCAGAUAUUUGUAUGCGUUGCCAUCGAACACCUUAUCUCAUGUGUUGUGUAUCAAUCGAUGAAAUCGAUUCAUUAGCACCAAAACGUAAAGAUAAUUCAAGCGAUGGUAAUAUUGCUAAAUUGAGUGUACUAUUAUCAGUUAUUGAUGGAAUUAAAGAUGUACCUAAUUUGAUGAUAUUCUGUGCCACAAAUCGUUUGCAUAUGAUGGAUGAAGCAUUCUUACGACGUAUGUCAGGCAAAUUUUUCGUCGGACGACCUUCGUCUCAUGCAAGAAAAAGUAUUCUCAGUGGAAUGAAAUCUUGGCAUAUUCCACCACAUUUACUCGAGAGUUUAACAAUGGCCACAACAAAUUUUAGUGGAGCUGCACUCAGAGCUCUUCGUCGUUUGAUUACGGUCCAUUGCAUCGAUAUGCAACGCAUCAAUCCACGUUAUCAACUUGACUAUUGUACGAUGCUUCAAUUAGCCGAUACUACUGCUCGACAGUAUCGAAUUGUCAUUGGUUCAGGAACAUUGCCAACUCUAUUAUUGCGCGUUGCUGAUAGGAAUCCUUUGUUUGAAAAUAAUCAAGAGCCUAGAGCAAGGUUUAAUGAUUUAGUAAACAAGAAGAAUUCUGUAUAUACGGGUAAAAUUAUUGUUAAUUUACAUGGCCGGCGGAUUGAUGUUGAAGCGAUAAAUAUACAUCCGAUUACUGGUGAAUGUGAAAAGGUUGUUUAUCUAGAAUAUUUAACUGAUUCAGAGACAAGCAUACAAGAAUUACUUGAACGUUUGACUGUCUAUGGAAAGUCACGUAAUGUUCAACUAUUACAACUUAUCGAUCUCAAUCUACUAUCCGCGGAAAGUGCCUAUGAUGAAAAAGAAAAAUUUGAAAUAUUGAAAGAACGUCUCGAUGAAUGUGCAGCUUAUCGUCGUUCCAUGAUUGUCUAUGAUUUAGAUUCAUUGAUUGGUAUAAAUAAAAGCGAAGGUAAUUCAUCAAUGGGUCGAUCAACAAAUCUAUCUUUAAUUAAUCAUAAUGUCUACACAUAUGUUAAAGAUAAAUUUAUAAGUGCAUAUAUUCAAUCAUCAACAUUCAGUAAUAACGAUCAGAAUAAAGAUACGAUUGUCAAUGAAGAAAAAUGGUCUGUAAUGGUCAUACGUGAUCCAUUUCUUCUACGUCAAUUUUGUGAUGAUGUCGUAUUUACACGUCCGGUAAGUGAAAUUGAAGAAGAAGAAGCUGAAAUGCGCCGUGCCGAUCAGCUCAUUAAAUGUGUUCAAUGUAAUGAUUUUUAUCUUGAACAAGAUAAUAAGAUGGGUGUUUGUGUACAUCAUGAUGGAUUUGUUUAUGAUAAUCAUUCACUUACACUUACACAAUGGGGUCACCAAGCGGCAAUAGCACUGUUACUGAAAGAAGAAGCAGAAGCUGUAAAACAAUCAACAACAAAUGUUUUGACACCUGAACAAAAAGAACGUUUAGAACGUGAGAAACAACGUUUUAAAUAUAUUUGUUGUAAUCAGACUGUACAAGCUUCUGGUAUGAUGGGCGGUUGCAAACGUGGAAAACACAGUCCAGCCAAUGUAACAUUGAUUCAAUGGGAAUAUUCAUGUGAUCAUAAUAGAGAAUAUCAAGACAAACGAUUGACUUUACUUCAAAGCAGAAUCCAAUAG